AUGCGAACAAUGGGCUUGUCAAUGGAGAUAAUCCUCCUUGCUAGCGUGCUGCUUGGCAUGACCACUACAACCUCCGGCCUUCCAAUAACUGCCAAAGAGCUUGUUGCCAGGAGUGAGAUAAGAAGUGCUCACACUACUGAGAAUCCUGUACAGGCUCGCGAAGAGAGUGGCUAUAUCAAGAACCGUAUCAGCGGUGAAAAUGGCGUUGUUAAAAAGCGAAGCCCUAGGACCGCUGUUCCCAAGAAGGCCGCUGUUCACAGGAAUCAUUCGCCCAAGAGCGUGGUUUUGCCCAAGAAGGCUUCCCCCAACAAAGUAGCUGUUCCCAAAAAGGCCGCUGCCCCGGAAAAGCCUGCUGUCCACAAGAAGCCUGUUUUUCACAAGAAGCCUGCUGGUCCCAUGAAUCCUGCUGGUCCCAAGAAGCCUACCCAAAAGAAGUCUGCUGGUCCCAAGAAGCCUGCUGUUCACAAGAAGCCUGCUGUUCACAAGAAGCCUGCUGUUCACAAGAAGCCUGCUGGUCCCAAGAAGCCUGCUGUUCACAAGAAGCCUGUUGUUCACAAGAAUCCUGCUGGUCCCAAGAAGCCUGUUGUUCACAAGAAGCCUAUUGUUCACAAGAAUCCUGCUGGUCCCAAGAAUCCUGCUGGUCCCAAAAAGCCUACCCAAAAGAAGCUUGCCCAGAAGAAGCCCGCUGUUCACAAAAAACCUGCUGUACCUAAGAAGCCCACCGUCCAAUCCCAGGGCAAGGGAAAUGUAGGCAGCCAAAGACCUACGCAGUCGAAGGGUAGUACAGAUGGUAAGGUAUCCAUGUGUCGGCGAAUGUCAGAUAACUCGGGUAACCCGCCAACAUCUUGCUCAAUUACGCCGGGGUUCAAGGUCGGUGGAGGGUCGAAGUUUGAGACCUUAGAGGAGGGAAAGCUUGUCCCAGGAGCCAAACCAAACCCAGCACCACAACUAGCACCACAACUGGCACCACAACCGGCAGCAUCAGGGUCAUCGGGAUUUGCUGGACCGGCUGUCUACCAGAAUUUGAAAGAGGGGCAGCUUGUGCCAACAAGUAGAACCCCGACGCCAGCACCAGCACCAGCACCUGCACCAGCGCUUGUACCUAUCCCUACAUCUGAAAGGAAUCGUCAGCUCAUGCAGAUCUCAUUAGAGACCGGAAAAGACACACAGGAUAAAAGGGCACGAGAAGGCAUACUCAAUUCGUACAGCCAGAACGAAUAG